UUGCGCGAGCGGUUCAACCGCGUGUUGGAGGACGUGAUCAACCAGCACCAGGAGCUGAACGAGCGCAUCGACGGCUUCUUCCACAAGGACCUCCUCGAGAAGCUGAACCGGAUUUCCUCCUACGUGGGCGGGUUGCCCCAGAGGAGGAAGCUGUCGUCGCGUCGCGACGAUCCCGACUGGUUCCAAGGGAUCAACGAGAGGAUCCAGACGAAAGAGGAAGCCCUGCGGGCACGGGCCCAGAGUCGGAUGCGGAACUACCUGCGGGACGCCCGCAACCAGACUCGAGGAGACCCCGCAGCCCUGCAGGUGCACGCCAGGCUGUUGAACGCCUUCGGGGCCCUGCAGGACAUGCUCCGACGGGACGACUACCAGGGGCAUCUGUUCGACAGGAAAGAGUUGGAGAGUCUGUGCGACGAGGAGGGGACCUUCGCCUGUCAGGGGAGGUUCGACCUCGAGGAGUGCUCGUACGGGGAGGGGCAUGUCAUCAAUCCGUAUGAUAACAGGGAGAGUCUGCUGCUCUUUCAGAACUGGAAUUUGGAUCAUGGGAUCGAACGGUCCCGCACGGUGGUUCCAGGUCUCGUUGCCGCCAUCGUCAAAGGAGGAAGGCGGAAUGUGAAUAUGGAGUACUUUUAUGCACUUCUCUUCACCACUGAGAAUUUGAGGCUUGUUCAUACGGUGUGUCAUGAGAAAGGGCAUCAUCGGCGCGGUCUUGACCCCGAUGAGAUUUACCUU